UCUUUUUCUUUUGUCUACGGACACGUCGUGAGCACGUUGUUUGGUGGAUUUCGUGCAAACUAAUAAAAUGUCGUCCCAUCUAAAUUGGAUGAUUAUCAGGAACAACAACGCCUUCUUAGUAAAGAAGCGCAACAUUAAGAAGCCCUUCAGCAAAGAGCCCAACAAUGUGACUAACCUCAACGCCUACAGAUACAAUGGCUUGAUCCACAAGAAGGCUCUCGGCGUGGUUGAGAAUCCCAACAGGAAAGGUUUUACUGUUGUGUACAAAAAAGCGAAAGCUACGAACAAGCCAUCAAAGAAUUUGGUACGUCGCCAGUUCAAAGCCGGAGCUAGGAGAUCCCUCCACAAGGUAAAGAGGUUGAUCAGAGCCAACAACUACCGUACCGACUUGGCCAAAGCUACUCUUCGUCGUGCCUCAGCUAUUCUCCGCUCUCAAAGGCCGAUCAAAGCGAAGAAACCAGCAGCAGCCGCAGCAAAGAUAGAUUAACUUUGUAUGUAAAGUGAUAAUUAAAAUAUAAAAGCCA